GCCCUGGCGCUGACGCUUGCUGCUGGGACCGAGUCAUCCCAAGUUCUUGUCCAAGAGAUUCAAGACAAAGACUUGGCUCUGGCCUGAACCCGAUUGCCGGGACGUGGAUAGCGCCCGGGCGGUGGAAAUACUCCGUGUUUGAUAUUAUAUAUCUCGUGUGUAGAAGCAGCCCAGGCCAGACCGCCGCGCGCAAGCACGGCCUGGACUGUGGAUCCGUUCCCUCUUUUUUGUUUUCUUACAAUUUCCCCAGACUAUUGCGUCAACAAACACCCGGCGACGUCUGCCCCCACUGCCCGCAAGGAGAACUAGUUGAGGGAGGGCAAGGGCAAGGGCAAGUCGAACCACCCACCCACACAAAGACCCAAGGCAAGACCGAGCACACGCCACUCUUGAGGCGGCGAGGAGAAGAAAGCGGCUGCGUAGUCAGAAAAUAAGGACCGCCAGAAGGACAGGAGGAGCCGAAACCGGCCAGAGGUUGUCAGCUCGGCAAGUCAGGCAGACAAGCGACAAGGAUCUGCGAGAAGGAACCGAGACCUUGAAGAAGUUGACCAAAAGACGACGAGACUAUUUUGGAAGCAUCGGCACCCGCCGGGCCUCGACCUGGUGGACUCGACCGACAACCCGGGUUACAUCUGGGUUGGCAGGUUGGCUUGAGAGGCGCCCUGUUGGCUGCUGGCUGCUGGCUGUUGGCUGCACGCUGCAUCAAGCGGCCUGCAGCAUCUUCCCAGUCGCUCCAACAAUAGUCGGCCACUCGAGCUGUCGAGGCACAGCCAGUUGUGCCGGUGGCGACGGAGAACAGGCCUGGAUCGGGCAAACACACGACGCCAGGUGAGUGAGAGGGUGAGAGAGAGAUGAGAGAGGAUGAGCAAUAGUGAUUUCCCCUUCAUGUCAUGACCACCCACCACCGACAUCAGCACCAGCCAGGCACCUCCUAGCCUUAGCCACAAGCCAUUCCAGGGCCCAGAUCGUCCAGACAGACCUACACGUCUGUCUGUCUUUCUCCCUUGCUGAGGCCACGCCAGUGCCAGUCGUACUCAUCUUGCUCUUUUUCUUCUUUUUUUUUUUUUUUUUUUUUUUUGCCGCAUUCGUCGUGUUCCUGUUCUUAUUUUUAAACACUCAGCAAAGACCCCACCUUGCACCAGCCUUUUUGUUUCGAGGGAUCCGAAUACCAAGCCCGCCUAGGGAUUGAGCCAAGCUUCUUUGCUCUUUCCUGACACGACCCUGUCUGGCCCACCACUUAGCCGCGUACCCGUGCCGUACCGUGCCUGCACCGCAGAGUGCAAAGGUACACGCUGACUACCGGCUACCUGCUACCCAGACGCACGCAGACACAGGCACUUGGCUCUCGCUUGCCGUGUGUCCGAAAAUAACCUGAAUUUAACCUUAAAUUCUGCGACACCCGACCCUGGAUCGCCGACUGCAAACCGCCCUCUCUCGCGCCCGAUUACGACCGGCGAGCCACAACACCAACCAACCAGCCUCGGAGACACCCCGUCUCGACAGACACGCAGGAAACAGCAAUACCAAGGGGAUCCACGGACCCCCUCCACACCAAAUUUCACACCCUCGGCCAGCCAGCCUCCCUCGGAUUCAGAGAGGGUCUGCUCACUGCGUCCGGCCCCCCUCCCCCCUUCAUAUUCACGCAGCCCCUGCCCAACCGCACAUCACAGCGCAACAACGCCAAUCAAAGGCCGAUCAGCCGGGUUACUCCUCCCGGUGGGGCGAUUGACAUAGCGCCGCGCAAGCCUCGCUCCUCCUGAGUUGCAGGACAGGGUGUUGGUACCCUAUCCAGACAACCAUAUUUUAAAAGUUACUUUUCUCGAUUCGAAUAGCGGGCCCACCCUGCAGAUCUGGGGGCCAUCUAGAUUUCGGUUGCACUUGUAUUUAGGAACUUGAGCAGCCUGCCACACUGCUGGGUCCUGGCCUUUUUUCCUCCCACACGUCUGUCUCUCCCACUUCACCAACCACCAAACCACCCCUCCAGCCUAGCCUUCACAUCCCAUGGCUGUGCGACAGAAUAACAUGAUGGAAACAUACCACGGUCUCGUGCGGACUCCCGCAGACGCCAUCAAACUAUUCGAGGCCUGCAGGCUCGGCCUGCUACCCCGUGUGCAGCGCAGGUUAUCAGAGAAGGAGCGCCAGUCCAUCCGGUCCGGGUCCGUCUUCGUUUGGGACGAGAGGGAGGCCGGCAUGCGCAGGUGGACAGACGGGAAGUCAUGGAGCGCCAGCAGGGUCUCGGGGAGCUUCCUCACCUACCGGGAAAUGGAAGGCAAGCGUGGAGGUGGCUUCGGCGCAUCGAGGAGGAGUGCCGGCAAGACACCAGACUCUGGCCGCGGCAGCGACGAGGACAACGACGACGGUGAGCCCGACGGGUACCGGUACAAGGCCGACGGCCUCAUGAAGCAGUCCUUCAGCAUCACCACCUCCCAGGGCCAGCACCUCCACCUCAUCUCAUACUUCUCGCGCCCACACCCCAGCGAGCCAGAGCUCCCACAACCCAGCUCGGACCCCAGCCUGAGGCACAUCGUGCCCGUCAAGGGCAUGUACCCAGAGUCGAGCAUGAACGAGCAGCCCGUCCCUGCCAUGACCAGGACACCCAUGGCGUCGGCAUACGCUCCAGCACCACCACACCCAGCAGCAGCAUACCACCCACAAUACGCACAACAGUCGCCAUACCCAGGCUGGCCGCCAUCGCCUGUCGCGACGCCGCCUUACAGCCACUACACGGUGUCGGCUCCUUACCCGCCAACGCAACUUCCCCCACCGCCACCACCUCCAUCGGCCGGCGCUCCAUACCCGCCUCCCCACCACGGUCAUCCCCACCACUACAUCCCAGGGCCACCUCCUUCGCAUCCUGCCUUCGACCGUCCCCAGCUGCCACCGCCGGGAUCCGCCUCGCAGCCAAGGGUCACCCCGUCGAUGCUGCCACAUUACAGCCAAGGGCCACCCCACAGGUCACCUCACCUGGCGCAGAUCAGGAUAAACGACGAGUCGCCACGUCUGCAACACCUCCAGCUGAAGGCAGGCGGUGGUCCCGGAAGGACGAUGCCAGGGCCUCUUCCCUCGGUACAUGCCUCAACGCCACCGCCUCGCGCACUGUCACAGUCGCCGCCCAACGCCAACGGUAACAAGGCCAGCCUGUCGGCGCUGCUACACCCGAACCCGACGCCAUCGAACUCGGAGCCAACCAGCGCAGCAGGGAGCAACAGUGCGACAAGCAGCCCACGCGGGGCGGGCGCAGCAAUGGGCAGCGGUGUCAUGAGCAGUGCCGCCAUGGGAAGCGGUGCCGCCGCAGGGUUGAUGGCAAAGGGCUUCCACGAGGACGCCAGAGCCUUGGACGUUCUCAACAAGAAGUUCUCCAUUUGAUUUUUGUAUCAGCGGAAGGGGCUCCAGCGAGCACACAGAAUAUCGGGCAUGGUGACCUGGGAGCUGGGAAAGGGUGGUCAUUUGCAUUGUUACGGCGUCGACAUUGGAAUCAGCGAAAAGCUCUCUGCUUUCCUUCGCGGUACGGAUUUGGGGGGCUAUCUUUGAUACUGUUCAAUUUUUUUCAUGUUCCAAUUCAAGGCAUGGUCAGGUCCAACAUUUUCCAGCAGGUUUGUACCACUGGAAGCGGCGUCACGGAGGAAAUACCAAGGAAGAUAUCGGUGGGACUGCCACCAAGGCGGAUAUAUGCACUUUAGGUAGCAUCAGCUGGUGUGAUCACUCUCACCCAGCCUAGAUAGCUUUUGCGAACACUGGAGCUAUUUUGUUGUCA